AUGGGCGUCAUGCGUCGUCCAACGGGCAUCUAUGUCCCCACUUCUCCCAUUCGUCUACUCACCACCGAAAUGAUUUCACCACCACUAUCACCAGAUUUCACCUUUGAUUCCGAAGCCGUUCUCCCAACAAUCCUACCAGCUCUAGAAUACAUCUCAUCCAAGCUGCAACAAAGAAUGAUGCACGUCACACUCCUCGUCGGCCGCGGCAAACCAUUCCCAACCGGCCAAGCAUCCGACUUGAUGGUCAUCCCAAUCACAAAGCUAGACCUUGCUUCUACCCGUGUCCUAGAACGCGCCAUCGCAAAAGGCGCCCGCAAAUUCUCCCUCGGCACAAGCUGGAGCGAAGCACUAGACCGCAGCCAUCACGAACGACUAGCAAACGAAUACCUUGUCCAACAAUCCAUUCUCCAGAAUGAAGUCCUCUUCAGCCAAGAAGGUCUCACCCUCCUGAACAUGGACCGCAUCUACACAUUCAAACGCCGUCUCUGCGUUCUCUCCGCUAAACCGAAUCCCCGCCCUGAAGACCAAGCUAUGACUUCUGCUGUUACACUUCUCCACCGUCUCAUGGGUGACUUUCAAGGCCGUCCAUUUAGCAAAGCCUUCUUCCAUCGCGUCUAUGAGCAACUAGAUGUUCGUGAUGAGCUUUUAACUGCCAUCGCAUCUGCAUAUAAGAACACACACAAGACCGAUGCUAUUAUCAUACCUUCCAGAUUCACGGCUGCGAAUUCUAAGAACUCGCCUAUUCGCUUGGUGCGCGUGCGUCGGAACCCACCACCAGCUAAGUCGUCGACUUUCAUUUCUAAGCGUGGGCCGAAGACGCCUUUGUCCGCUUCGGAUGUUACUCCUAUUACGAGGAACGAGUGGAAUAUGCUGGUCGCUCAGGAUAUACAUGAGAUCCAGCCUACUGUUACCAAGUGGACUCCUUCUGCGACUGUCUACGUGGGGGCUUGA